AUGCCAAAUCCAGAAUUGGAUGAUUACAUUGGGGUGGAGAGUUGUGUUGAGAUGAAAACUGACCUUGAUACAUGUCGCCGCCCGGAAUAUUGCUUAAACAAUCGGCGGCUGAUUAUGCAUCGAGAUACAGCGGAUAAAAUUUAUCCGCCGCCGAUUCCAUGGCCGGUGCGCACUGGAAAUUUUCCAUCUCACAUGCCGUGGGUGAUGAAAAGGUAUUCCACGAGUGAUGGGAGAUUGAUUAUCAGAGAAGAAAAAGUGAAGCGCCAAGAGUAUUUUGAAGCGCACAGUUUCAAUGGGAGGCUUGUACUGAAUUUAAUCCCCUUUGACGACGACGAGCAUGCAGAAGACGAAGUUGUUGUUGAUGAUGAUGAUGAUCAGAUCCAUGAAAUUGACGGACAGCAUACGAAAACAGAAGAAAAUCUAACGGAGGAGAAAGAAGCAAUGGUGAUGAAGGAGUCUGAUCAAUGUGUAGGUGAGACCGGGUGCAGUACGUAUAGUAGUAUGGAAGCAAACCAUUGUGGGCUUGCGGUGGCAGUGCCAACGUGUAGGCCAAUUCAUACCUAA